AUGCGAAGCAUGGCAAGUUCACGAGGCAAUAUUGCCGCCAUCGUCGGUGUCGGCCCCAACCUCGGCCUCUCCAUCGCUCGGAAGUUCGCUCACGAAGGGUACACCGUCGCCAUCCUGGCACGUGACUUAGGGAGAUUAUCAGAAUUUGCGGACGAAAUAGCUAGGGAAGAAAAGGCACAAGUGUUUGCGAUAAGAAUUGAUUGUUCCGAUUCAAGAAGCGUGAGAGAAGCAUUUGAAGGUGUUCUUUCACUUGGAUUUGUGGAAGUUCUUAUUUACAAUGCUAAUUAUGAGUCACCUCUUCAAUCUAAACCAACUCCUUUUCAACUUCUUCCCAUUCAAACUUUCCAAACUUCUCUAGCAGUUUCGUCUCUCGGUGCUUUCAACUGUGCUCAACAGGUGCUGCCUGGUAUGGUUGAAAGAGGAAAAGGAACAAUUUUGUUUACUGGUUGCUCCGCUUCUUUGAACGGCAUUGCUGGAUAUUCUGAACUAUGCUGUGGGAAAUUCGCAUUGAGAGCACUUUCGCAAUGCCUUGCUAAAGAAUUUCAACCACAAGGAGUGCAUAUAGCCCAUAUUAUUAUCGAUGGUCUUAUUGGCCCACCCAACAGGUGCAGAGGACCAUCGGCGGCAACGACAACGUCGCGGGGAGGAGGUGAGGGUGUUAUGGAUCCGGACGCGCUGGCUCAAACAUAUUGGCAUCUACACGUUCAGGACAGGAAUGCAUGGACCCAGGAAAUAGAUGUUCGUUCAUCCAACUGCUAG